AUGCGAGCAAAAAUAGAGAACAAAAACGACAUAUCAUACAAAGACACGAAUGAAAUUGAAAUUGAUGCCUUGCUUGGGAUUCUAGUGUUUUGCCCAAUUUUCAAAUCAUCUCGCGAGGAUAUGUCAUCAUUAUUUAAUACAUCAGUCACUGGGCGACCGUUAUUCCGAGCAAUUAUGCCAGAAAAGAGAUGCUCAGUCCUUUUAAGAGCAUUAAGGUUUGAUGACAGAAAUUCCAGAGACGAAAGAGAAAAGACGGACCCAAGUGCUUGUAUUUUAAGCAUUUUUGACGAUUUUAUCAAUAAUUGCCAAACAAAUUAUUCCCCUGGUGCUCACAUGACGGUGGAUGAGACUCUGGUUGGAUUUAGAGGCAGAGUACGAUUCUUGGUUUAUAACCCAAGAAAGCCAGCCAAGUAUGGCAUUAAAAUAAUAUGCUUAACCGACGCUCACGAUUCUUAUCUGUACAAUGCCUACAUAUACACGGGCAAAGGAAGCGAUGGGGCAUCUCUUGUUGGGAGUGAUAAAAAGCUUUUGAUUCCAACUCAAGCUGUGGUUCGCCUUACAAAAAAUCUAUUUGGGACGCAACAAAAUAUCACCUGUGAUAAUUGGUUUUCCUCAAUAGAAUUAGCUGAAACUCUGCUAAAAAAUGGAUUAACGAUGGUUGGGACACUCAAGAAAAAUAAACCCCAAAUUCCCCCUGAAUUUCAACCCAGCAAAGGAAGAGCAGUACCAUCAAGUCUCUAUGGAUUCACCCAAGAUCUCACGCUCCUUUCUUACGUACCAAAGAAGAAUCAGGCCGUAGUACUCCUCUCUUCAAUGCACCACAGUGAAUGUUUUGACGAAGGAGGAAAUAAGCCAGAAAUCAUUGGCUUUUACAACGCCACAAAAGGUGGUGUCGACACCCUCGAUAUGAAGUUUACUAACUAUUGUGCUAAUCGCAAAACAAGACGGUGGCCACUGGCGGUUUGUUACCAUUUGCUAGCUGUGGCUGGCUCUAACGGCCAUACUUUACAUGCAAUGUUCAAAGACUCCAAAAAAAUGAAGAGAUACGAUUUUACUAAGGAGGUGGCAUUAGGACUGGUGCACAAUUUUUUGAAGAUUAGAUCAAACAUCCCUAAUUUGAACAAAGAUUUGAAGCAGUUCAUUUUAAAGACUGUUGAAGAGUCUUCAGGAUUGAAAAAUCGUACAGAGCAACGACGACCGUAA